AUGAUUUGGGAGGGGAUUGGAACACCUGAAUCACAUGAUUUGGGAAGGGAUUGGAACACCUGAAUCACAUGAUUGGGAGGGGAUUGGGACACCUGAAUCACAUGAUAUGGAGGGGAUUGGAACACCUGAAUCACAUGAUUGGAGGGGAUUGGAACACCUGAAUCACAUGAUUGGGAGGGGAUUGGAACACCUGAAUCACAUGAUAUGGAGGGGAUUGGAAUACCUGAAGCACAUGAUAUGGAGGGGAUUAGAACAUCUGAAUCACAUGAUUUGGGAGGGGAUUGGAACACCUGAAUCACAUGAUUUGGGAAGGGAUUGGAACACCUGAAUCACAUGAUUGGGAGGGGAUUGGGACACCUGAAUCACAUGAUAUGGAGGGGAUUGGAACACCUGAAUCACAUGAUUGGAGGGGAUUGGAACACCUGAAUCACAUGAUAUGGAGGGGAUUGGAACACCUGAAUCCCAUGAUAUGGAGGGGAUUGGAACACCUGAAUCACAUGAUAUGGAGGGGAUUGGAACACCUGAAUCACAUGAUUGGGAGGGGA